CGUAAGCCGCGCCUUUCCAAGAGGACCGACUCCAUUCGAAAACUAAACGAAUGCCCCAGCCGCUCGCUGGCUACUACGCUCUCAAUCUCCCGCCAUUGUUGCACUAGAUUGUGUUUUUUUUGGCUUAUCAGAUUUUCGCCUCGGAACUGUCUGCAUAACACUAGGCCUUUUGGACAAACACAAGAAUUAAGAAAAAUAUUUCAUAAUGUGCCAGUGCUACUAACCUGCCAAUUUUGAGACCUGAUUUCAACUGUCGGUUGAGGAGACGGAGUUAGUGGCAGGAGGCAGCAGCUGUUGUGGUGUUGGUUGUGGCAGUGUGGUGUUUUUGGCUGUUCAGUAGCAGUAGUUGCUAAUAGGUGUAACUUUGAUUAUGAGUUCAGACAGCAGGAGCUUGAGCCACAGCAGAAGCAGGAGCAGGAGCCCAAUGGAUCGCAAGACUCGCUCAGAUCGUUUUUCCUACCGUGGUGCACCUUACAGACGAGAGUCACACCGUAGUUUCAGCAACCAGAGCAAUCUGUGCAAGAAUUGCAAACGACCUGGACAUUUUGCUAGAGAGUGUCCAAAUGUGGCAAUAUGUCAUAAUUGCGGCCUUCCUGGGCAUAUUGCUUCAGAGUGCACUACCAAAUCAUUGUGUUGGAAUUGUCGAGAACCCGGGCACAUGGCUAGCCAUUGUCCAAAUGAGGGCAUCUGCCACACCUGUGGCAAGGCCGGACAUCGUGCUAAGGAGUGUUCUGCUCCGCAACUGCCACCUGGGGACUUAAGGCUGUGUAAUAACUGCUAUAAGCAGGGUCAUAUUGCAGCGGAUUGUACAAAUGACAAAGCAUGUAACAACUGCAGGAAGACGGGACACCUGGCACGUGAGUGUCAGAAUGAUCCGAUCUGCAACAUUUGUAACAUAGCAGGGCAUGUGGCUAGACAAUGUCCGAAAGGGAAUACACCCGGAGAUCGUCGUAGUAACAGCGGUUAUCACGACAUUGUAUGCAGAAACUGUCACCAGUAUGGACACAUGAGCAGGGAAUGCAUGGGUCCAUUAAUGAUCUGUCACAACUGUGGCGGACGAGGACAUCGUGCAUUUGAGUGUCCUUCCGGAAGGAUGAUGGAUCGAUAUCCCCCUCGGAGGUACUACUGAUAAGUGAUCGAUUGAAUUCAAACUCAGGCUGUUUAAUUAGUUUUUAGAUUGAUUGAAUGUUGAAACUUAGCAGUUAUUGGUGCAUUUUUUAUUAAGUGGGGAUCUAAUAAGAUAGGUUAGUGCUAUAGGAUUUGUAUUUGGAAUAAAUUAGUUUGUUAAGUAAGAUGCUAAUGGUGUUAUUAUAAGCAUAAUUAUAAGUCACAAAGCUUUUAUUUGAGGUCUA